CAAACAUACAAUACUAUUUGUGAACAAUAAACCAAACACAAUCAAAAACCUUAUCUCCAUCUUCUUCUUCUUCCCCUGUCCUUUCUCCAUCUCUACUACCAUUUUCAUAUUCUCCUUCAUGUUAUUUGGGUGUUCGAAUUUACACUGUUUAAGCUAACUUUAAUGGCGGCCAUUUUCUCCUGCAAGUUUUGUUCCUCUCUUACUACCUCCAAAUCCUCAAUACCCACUUCCCAUUAUCGUUCCUCCAAGCUCUGGAAUGGCGCUUGCUCCAACCCAUUUGGGCCCAGAUGCUCCUCCUUCAGUCGAAUCAAAUGUAGGCUUCAGAAUGUCAAGAAAGGCAGGCCAUUUUGCUUGAAGGAGUUUGCAAUUUCCUCGGCUUUGGCGUUUAGUUUAAUCACAGGGGUUCCAGGUAUAGGCCCCUCUGCAGAUGCAUAUGCGGUUGCUGGUCCAGUGAUUCCGGAGUUGUCAGUGUUGAUAUCCGGUCCACCAAUAAAGGAUCCUGGAGCUUUGUUGAGAUAUGCUUUGCCUAUUGAUAAUAAAGCCAUUAGGGAAGUUCAAAAACCACUAGAAGACAUUUCUGAAAGUCUUAAAAUUGCUGGAGUCAAGGCACUUGAUUCUGUGGAGAGAAAUGUGAGGCAGGCAUCCCGGACGCUCAAGCAGGGGAAGAAUUUGAUCAUAUCUGGGUUGGCAGAAUCGAAGAAGGAACAUGGAGUCGAAGUUCUUGGUAAACUGGAAGUUGGACUAGAUGAGCUCCAACAGAUUGUGGAAGACAGAGAUAGAGAUGCAGUUGCACCAAAACAAAAGGAGCUUCUUAAUUAUGUUGGCAGUGUUGAAGAGGAUAUGGUCGAUGGCUUCCCAUACGAAGUGCCCGAGGAAUACAAAAAUAUGCCCCUAUUGAAAGGGAGAGCAGCUGUGGAUAUGAAGGUCAAAGUGAAGGACAACCCGAACAUAGACGAGUGUGUUUUCCAUAUAGUUUUAGAUGGCUAUAAUGCACCAGUAAGUGCUGGGAAUUUUGUCGACUUGGUUGAAAGACACUUCUACGACGGCAUGGAAAUCCAGAGAGCGGAUGGUUUUGUUGUUCAGACUGGUGAUCCAGAAGGUCCUGCAGAGGGUUUCAUCGAUCCAAGUACCGAGAAAACACGAACUAUACCAUUAGAAAUCAUGGUUGAAGGGGAGAAAGCGCCUUUCUAUGGAGAAACAUUGGAAGAGCUUGGUCUUUACAAGGCUCAAACAAAACUUCCCUUCAAUGCAUUUGGAACAAUGGCCAUGGCUAGAGAGGAAUUUGAUAACAAUUCAGCAUCUAGUCAGGUGUUUUGGCUGCUGAAAGAAAGUGAACUUACUCCUAGUAAUGCUAACAUAUUAGAUGGUCGAUACGCGGUGUUCGGUUAUGUAACUGAAAAUGAGGACUUUUUGGCUGAUCUCAAGGUUGGAGACGUUAUAGAGUCGAUGCAAGUAGUCUCUGGCCUGGAUAACUUGGUGAAUCCAAGCUAUAAGAUUGCUGGUUGAGAAAGUUUUUUAAAUCAAGUAAUAGCAAUACUGAGUUGCCUUAUGAAUCAAUUCAUUGGUGAGGAAUGCAGCCUUAUGUGGUUCUUAGUCUUACUUCAUUUCUUCUCUCUUUUUUUUUCUUUUUCUUUUUCUUUUUUGAGUUUAUGGAUUCUUUGAUAUUUGAUUUAACCCAUUUGAGUGACUUUCAUUGUCUGUAUUAAGCCCUCAAUCUUGGCUUUUUAAGUCGCUUUUUAUCCCAAAAUCAAGUCAUUUCAUUUA